AAUAACCAUCUCACUACCAGCAUGCCACUGCUGUCUCUCUCUCUCUCUCUACCUUGCUGUCGCUCCGCCGUCCUGUCCCAGAAACCCUAGUUAGGGUUCUUCCGGAUUUCUCGCCCUGACUCCACCUCCAAAUCUUUCUCCGAUCACGCAACACUUCGUUUCUCUGUCUCUUUUUUUAUUCAGAUCCUUUCGUCGCCGCCAUGGAUGUAGCUCGCAAGAGAGGGAGGCCGGAUGCCACCAAUGGGAAUGGUGUUGAUUUGAAGCGGAGUAAACGUCGGUCAUAGGAUUAGACAAUCUGGCUUGCUCUUUUUGCCACCAUCUCAGUGUCUCUAGCUCUCAUUGAUGGUCUAUGUUCUCUACUGCAGUAGCAUUUUAACGCACGCUUCUUGUUUGUUAUUUUCCCGUAAAGUUAAAUAACGUUUCUCUAAGUAAAACACAAAAACAUGCAGUUUAUUACUUCUUCCUGAAGCUCUAAUUACAUGCUUGCGUUUUCAUUAAGUGCAGUUCUUGAUUUUUUUUUUCCCCUUCAAAAUUGUGGUUGCAAGUUGAUUUUAUGUAUUUUUAUUAGAACGGCAGUUACCAUAUUAUUUUGACACUUUCUAAUCUUAAAUAGUAAGCCUUAACGUAAAUUGGUUGUUCGCAUCGUCUACUUCAGCAAGCCAUUUUGGUUGGCAGAUACCUGUAUGAACUUGAAAUUUUAAUUGGGAAUUUCUCAUCUAACCAUUCUCUUGGUUCCCAAAGAGGAUGCUGGUCUAUUAUGUUUAGUAUCGUUAAAGAUUACAGGGGCCUCACAUUUUAUUCCCUUCUAAAAUCAUAAGCUCUGUGCAACAUUAAUAUUUGAAUUUGACAUCAUUAUGCUUCAAAUGCAUAUCAUUACAGGGGCCUCAUUAUUGUGACAGAUGGAUUGGCUGCAGAAUAAAACUUGUAUCCAAAAUUUUAUAAUUUAAAUCUGAAAGCAAUAGCUUCUUAUCAUAGGGCAGUAAAACUUGUAUUCAGAAUUUGAUAAUUCAAAUCAAACAUAUAUCUAGAUAUCUAUUAGAUUAUAAUAUUUUCCAGUUUUCAAAUUUAUUGUUUCUCUAUUCUAUUAGUUUUUAUUCCUAAAGGCAUCUUCAAUUAAUUUUGAGCUAUCAAUAGUAAAUGUUCAGAUCUCAACUGAGGACGCAUAAUUAAUGUUAUACAGAAAUGGACUCAUUCCAACCUGCUAUAGGAAGUAAAUUGAAGCCAUGCACCAAGUUUUUCAGCACUGCUGGUUGCCCCUACGGAGAGGGUUGUCAUUUUCUCCACUAUUUCCCUGGAGGUGUUCAGGCUGUGCAACAGAUAACCGGCCUAGGGAACUUGCCAUUAGUGUUGCCUGUGACAAACCCAGUCGCCCUUCCACCCUUUCAAAACAGUGCUUCUGCCCCCAUUGUAAAGACCCGUUUGUGCAACAAAUACAGCACUGCUGAAGGUUGCAAGUUUGGAGAGAGAUGUCGUUUCGCCCAUGGCGAGUGGGAGCUUGGCAAACCCGUUUUAUCAUUCAAUGAUGCCCCAAUCACAGCGCCUCCAUCUUUGGGAGUUGGGCUUCGGUUUGAACCUACUCCCCAUAGUGUGCAUCUAGCUGCCAGCUUUGGAGCCUCUGCCACUGCAAAGAUAAGUGUCAAUGCAUCCCUUGCAGGCAUCAUAAUCGGUAAGGGCGGAGUCAAUACUAAGCAGAUAUGCCGCUUGACUGGAGCAAAGUUAUCGAUACAGGACCAUGAUUCGGAUUCGAGCCUCAAAAACAUAGAGAUGGAGGGAACUUUUGAUCAGAUCAACCAGGCUAGUGCAAUGGUAAGAGAUCUCAUCAUCAACAUCACUGCUAGCACUAAACUGCCAGUCAGGAAUCCUGCUGCAUCCAAAACUGCUCUCGGGAACAACUUCAAGAGCAAAAUUUGUGAUAACUUUACUAGAGGUACCUGCACUUACGGCGAUCGAUGCCAUUUCGCUCAUGGAGACAACGAGCUGCGCAAAGUCCCUGUGUGAUGAAACCUGGUAACAGGUAACGUUUGACAACUUGUGUUGUUUUUUGCCAUCAUCUGCCAUUUUUGAUUUGUGAGGUGGUGGAAACAUUUUAGAUGCUUAGUAUCCAUGCAAUCUUAGACCUUUUAGGUCUCUUAAAUCCUAAUGCUAAUUCACACUGCAAUAUUCUGUUCUUUUAGUUACUCAAUGAAUUUGUCUGAAGUGUAGGAGUAAUUUCAUAUUUGAUUAUGUA